AUGCCUUUCCACCCGGUGACGGCGGCGUUGAUGUACCGGGGGAUCUACACCGUCCCCAACAUCCUCGCCGAGCAGCGCCCCGUGGAGAUCCCCGAGGAUGAGCUGGAGGAGAUCCGGGAAGCCUUCAAGGUGUUCGACCGCGAUGGGAACGGCUUCAUCUCCAAGCAGGAGCUGGGCACAGCCAUGCGCUCCCUGGGGUACAUGCCCAACGAGGUGGAGCUGGAGGUCAUCAUCCAGCGCCUCGACAUGGAUGGUGACGGGCAGGUGGACUUCGAGGAGUUUGUGACAUUGCUGGGGCCCAAGCUCUCCACGUCAGGUAUCCCGGAGAAGUUCCACGGCACGGACUUCGACACUGUCUUCUGGAAGUGUGACAUGCAGAAGCUGACAGUGGACGAGCUGAAGCGGCUGCUGUACGACACCUUCUGCGAGCACCUGUCCAUGAAGGACAUCGAGAACAUCAUCAUGACGGAGGAGGAGAGCCACAUGGGCACAGCCGAGGAGUGCCCCGUCGACGUGGAGACCUGCUCCAGCCAGCAGAUCCGCCAGACCUGCGUGCGGAAGAGCCUCAUCUGCGCCUUCGCCAUCGCCUUCAUCAUCAGCGUGAUGCUCAUCGCCGCCAACCAGGUGCUGCGCAGCGGGAUGAAGUAA